CCAACUUUCAGCUCCCUCACCGCAACCACGCGCAACCCAGAAGUAGCGGCAACAACCUGCCGCGGCGCAACGCAAAGUCCGAUGGCGACUCUUUUCCUGAGAUAGAAUCCAUUCAAUGCGGCCCACCAUACACUAACCUCAAUUCCAUUCAUCCGUCUAGUUGCAACAUGAACCGCUCGCCCUCGGCGUCGGGGCUGCUCCCGCUCCCCGGCGCGCCCUCCUCCUCCUGGGCGCUCUACCGCGCCCGCAUAGCCGCUGUGUUCCGCAACACCGAGGUCUCAGUGCUGGUCGCUUUCUGGCUAUUCGGCCUAAUAAACAACGUCCUCUACGUGAUCCUCCUCUCCGCCGCACAAGACCUAGUCGGCACCUCCGUCCCAAAAGGCGUCGUCCUCCUCGCCGACGUGAUGCCCUCCUUCCUCACCAAGCUCGUCGCGCCCUACUUCAUCCACCGCGUGCCUUACUCUUUACGGAUAUGUGUCUUUGUGACCCUCUCGAGCGCGGGGAUGCUACUGGUGGCGUUCACACCCGCUACUACGGGGUCGGUCAGCGCCAAAAUGCUCGGCGUCGUGCUCGCCAGUCUCUCGUCCGGCGGCGGCGAGCUGAGCUUCUUGGGCCUGACGCACUACUAUGGCCACCUCAGCCUGGCCGCGUGGGGCAGUGGCACGGGCGGCGCGGGCUUGAUUGGUGCUGGGCUGUAUGUGGUUCUGACCGGGUGGAUUGGGUUGGGGGUGAAGGAGAGUUUGCUGGUGGGUGCGGUGCUGCCGGGUAUCAUGCUGGUUGCGUUCUUUGGGGUGUUGCCGAGGCGGAGGUUGGAGGGAUGGCGCGGGGAGUAUGAGCCCUUGCGGGAGGGGGAUAAUGUCAAUGGGUCUGUGGCAGCGGUGGGGAGGGAGAGGCGGGAGCGGGACGAGGAGGAGGAGGACGGGUUUGAGGAUGUGCCGGCCGGGGCGGCGUCGGCGAGCCUGCUUGCGCCGGGGCCGUCGGUGGCUGCCUCGGCGUAUGGCAGUGGGGGAGGGAAGGGCUCGUUCGCGGCGAAUCUGCGCCGGGCGAGGGCGCUAUUCUUCCCUUACAUGCUGCCGCUGCUGCUUGUGUACGUGGCCGAGUACACCAUCAACCAGGGCGUGGCGCCGACGCUGCUGUUCCCGCUCGAGCAGUCGCCCUUCUCCGAGUUCCGGGCGUUCUACCCGUUCUACGGUUUCCUCUACCAGCUGGGCGUGUUCAUCUCGCGCUCGUCGACUCCCUUCGUGCGUAUCCACCACCUGUACUUCCCGUCGCUGCUGCAGGUGGCCAACCUCAUGCUGCUGACGCUGCACGCGCUGCUGAACUUCAUCCCGUCCGUCUAUCUGGUGUUUGUCGUCGUCUUCUGGGAGGGUUUGCUGGGCGGGGCGGUCUAUGUCAACACGUUUGCCGAGAUCAUGGAGAAGGUGCCGGCGGAGGACCGCGAGUUCAGCCUCGGGGCGACGUCGGUCAGCGACAGCGGCGGCAUCUGCAUCGCCGGGUUUCUGGGCAUGGCCAUGGAAGUGUGGCUGUGCGGAUGGCAGGUGCGUCACGGGCGGGACUACUGCCGGCGCAUCGAGGCGAGCUGAGUCGGGUUCUCUCGAAUAUUGGAGAUAAGCUUGUCGUGAGGGACCACAAUCGGCUGGUGGUGAAGGACUGGUGCACCACGCAAGCUCCCGU